UCCAUAUCCAAAGGGGGCUAGUGCUGUAAUUUGUAUGAAUGUUAAUCGCUUUGAUAGAAAUUGAUGAAAUGGGAUCAUCAACAUUUUUCGAUAUAGUGGUCUCCAUUUCUCUAACAUUCAAGCGAAACGACGAAAUAGUCCACAAUAAUGUCUGUGUUGGUGUCUCCCGCACCGGUCGACGGUGCAUCUCUGACGAAAGCGCCAGGAGCAGAUCGCGAGGACUCCGAUCAUGUUGCCACAAGUUUAUGGAGUUCCAUACUGGCGGAAGGAACCCGUCAACGGUCUGGACCUGGAGUCACAAAAACCGUGCUUGUUCUAGGUGAGGCCUCCGUGAGCAGUGGACUAGCGCACUCUCUCGCGAUGCAAAAUCAGAGUGGCAUCGGGGCAACGUCGCAACUAAUCAACGUUUCGUCUGCCGGGGCAGCUUCUAGUGGGACCUUAUCUCUAGAAGAAACCGAUGCAACCACAGGGUCUGUCUCCGCUUUCGGAUUAGACUACGCGUACCUACAGUGGAAUACAACGAGGCCAGCUGACGCCGGAAUAGAGGGGAACAACGGUAAAUCAGCUACUGGUACAACAAUGGCAGCUGACGGAAAUCGGAAGAUCGGAGCGCCGCAACCAAUGACAGCGAAAGCCGAGUGCUGGGUCUUGGCAGACGAGACACGUAAAGAUCUCCUUCUUUCACAGCUUAAACGUCGACCUGGUCUCCGAGCGCAGGACACUUGCGCGCUGCUCUGUCUGAAUUAUGACAAAGAAGAGAUGAUUAUCAUGUCAUAGGACAUAGGGAUUUAGAAUUGUAGUUGAUAUCCAGCUUUCCCUUGCGCUUUGGCGCGUCAUGAUUUAAUGAAUCAAGCAUAAGUAUGUAUCUCAAGAACCAACACGCCGAAUUUAGCAUUUCGAAUCAUUGUCUACCACUUCACCAACGUCUUCGUUUUCCGUUAAUACUUUCUGGAGACUCCCUGGGCGAUCGUAGACGAGCUUCGUGCUUUGGCGGCUCUGUUGGAGGAAAUAAUGCAGGGUGCCGACUUCGCGGACCUGGACGAGGCGCAUCGCAAAACCGCAAAAUACCUCACAUCUGCAUAUGACAAAUACCACGGAGGAGCAAGCACGAACAAAGCCGGUAAAUUUGAUCAGGACAGAUACGAGUGUCUUUUUGUCCUUUGGUACCCUUGGCAAGACCAGAAUCUGGUUUCUUGUGGAUGAAGAAAGAGAUGGAAGAGUUAGACUUAGAGUAGUAAGAGUACAUAGUAAACGUAAAGCAAAAGCCAAAGCCUCCUUCUGUUCUACUUAUAAAAGUAUUAUAGUACAUCUUCGAACCGAUCACAUUCACUUUCACAGCUGCAAGAACAGAAGAUCCCGAGAAAUUGGACACGACACACGCGGCCCUGCUCACACUGUCUCGAAAUAUGGGCAUUCCAGUGGUAAUUGUACUCUGCCGUGCCGAGCUGUCGUCAACGUUGACUUCGGGUCUGCUUGGAGAAAACAAAGGUUGUGUGGGCGUUAUGGAUGCGGUCCCGCUGCAUCUGCGGCGAGAGCUGUUGCCCAUGGCGGGAGCGCUUAUCUACCACCAAACUGGCAAGAAGAAAAGCAACCAAAUUCUCCUCGACUAUCUUAGUCAUCGCCUCUUUCAAGCACGGUAAGUACUUACUUUUUUUAUGAGGCUUUUCUUUGAUUAUGAUUGCGGAAGGGCAACAAUGACCUACUUGUGAUAUUUUCAGAACUAGCGCCUAUCCCAAUCAGAACUAGCGUCUAUCCCGAUCGAAAUACCAAUUUCUGAGAGAAAAUUGUCCAAAGCAAUAGCGGUCUCAACAUGAUUCUCUCUCUCUCUGUCUUAGUUCAUAAAUCAAUGUUAAUGUUUAAAAAUGCCCGCCUCUACCUCUCCGAUCAUGAUAGGUUUGACACAAUGCCCGACAGCAGCAGCGCAGACGAGGUUGUUGUACCAGCUGGAUAUGACGAUCCCACGCGCUUGCAAAAAGACGCUGAGGAUACAGUGGUGGCUGGAUUUUCUGCAGCUUUCUCGCAGCUUGUCACGCGGAAAAAGAUCCUAGCAGCGGGCUGGGCUUUCGGUAGUGGGGAGCAGGACCAAUAUUUGCCAGGGCAGAAAGGAGGCGAUCGUCAGUCACGGCAAUCGUUGAAAGACGGUGCAGAAAAAGGAGACGAGGGGAGCGGCGAAAUACUGGUCAAAGCAGAUAGUGUGAAUAUGUUUCUGGCGCGAGCCAUGCGCGACUUAAUGCAACAAAAGGAACAACAAGCCGUGGCUCCGUCUUCUUCAACCACGAUCAUAGGAGGCGACAACUCAAACACGAUUGUAGGAGGACGAACUACAGAUGGACAGCAAACCGGUAGUACUACGCGAGCUUCCUCCUCAGCUGCUGCAAGAUCAUCUUCUAAUAAUGGACGAGGAUCCUCGUCUUUUUCAGCACAGGGUGCUGCACCCGUGGAGCAGGUUGGAACAUCUUCCACAUCUUCCAGCAGACCACCAUUGAAUUUCAACAUUCCGCCACAACGAGAGAGCGCUAGUACUCGGCCAAACGCAAGUGGAGCUGGAGGCCGUGCAACUUCAAGAGAGCGAGCAGAAUUCUUUAUGAAUCUCGCUGGCGGUAGUGGAACAGCUAGUGCUCCAGGAACAUCGACUGCGACGUCUUCCGCGAUACCACAAGCAAGCGGCUCUGCCACAGCGAUGCCACCAUCUUCAAGCUCAAGCGCCGGAGGUGGACCUGGGUCGUCUUCCUUGAACGCAUUCCUUGAUACGGGAUCUUCUUCACGGCCGCGCACAGAGCCGCCGCGGUCUUCGGGGGGAGAGCAGACCAAUAAUUCGCGUCGGGACGUCGUAUCCACAUCAGGAAGUGGGACAGGUCAGCCGCCACGUGCCAGUGUGCGAAAUUCGUCGAAUACUGCUGCGCGCGGUCCAAGUCCUGCGGCAAGAGGAGGCUCGGCUGUUCGCAGUGGGUCAAGAGAAGGGGAGACAGUGCGCGAAAAGCUUGACCGCCUAAAAGCCGCAAAGGCUAAGCGUCAGAGUGUAAAAAACCCAUCCUAA